CACCCGCUUUACAACUAAGCAUGAGACUUUUGAAAGAGCCGAGAUUCAUCUUGAAUUGCAUUUGGACCCAGGCAAGCACAUUGCAAGGUAACAAGCAAAUCAGAGAUGAUGAAGACCAAAAGUUUCGCACUUCUUUGUAUGUUGAUUCUGGUCUCUCAGAUGCUAUUAGCUAAUUGUGAAGAUCAGAAAGAAAGACCAAAAGAAAGGCAAAAUACUGAAAAGAACAGAAAAAGCCAAAAGGGCUCUAGGCAACAGAAUGAGAAAGGACAGAACUCCAAAGGAGGCAAAGCUUCACUUAAAGGCAGAUUUGCAACCAAAGAUAAUUCUGAGUGCAGCUGGGCAGUGAGUGAAGUAGGUGCUGUCACUCUCAAAGUGGAAUGCAAGAAAGAUGAAAGCAGCUUCUGGUGCGAGUUUUCAGGAAACCCUUCUACCUGUCCUCAGUUUGCAGCAAACCAUGUUGCUUACUGGAAACAAAUCUCUCGAUCCUUAAAGAAACAGAAAAACAUCUGUCAAGACCCCAAAAGUGUCCUAAAAUCUAAAGUAUGUAAAAAAGGGCCACAAACUGCCCACCUCACCUUAGUCAGCUCAAGCCUUGUUCCACAAAAAGAAGAGAAAACUCACCAGGAUAAAGAAGUUUUCCAAACUUCAGCACCUGCUAUUGGAACUGAAAAAAAGCCAGAGACUGCCUUUGAUGACUGCGUUGAAGACAUAGAUUAUGUUGAUCAGAGAAAGGUGGCUGAAGAAUACUGUCCAGAAACUUUGCUCUCCGUCUGCAACUUCUUCAUCUCAAUGAUACAGGAUAAAAAAUGCUGAUAAGGUGAUAACUAUUCAUUCAUUACUAUUGAUAAAACUGUCACUGAAAGCUUGGUACCAUCUACUCUACUGCACACUAUUCCAGAUUUUCCUCUCCUGCUAUAUUAUGUUAAAAAAGUAACAAGGCGUACAGCUGAGCAGUUAAAGAUCUUGUCUGAGUUAGUGUUAUACUGAAUUCUCUGUACUUGGCACAGUUGAAGAUGCUGUAGAUUUUAUUUUCAUAUACCUUUUUAUGCAAAUGUUACUAAAAAUGUUACAUACUCUGUAAAGAUGUAUAUAAGCCAAGUCCUUUCUUUGUUUCUCUUUGAGCUGUGCUAGCCAAAGUCAUGAUUUCAGUGCUGUGCACUUUUUGGUAGGGUACUUUUGAUGUCAAAAUUACUAACAAUAAUAAACUUCAAAAUAUAUUCAAAA